UCGGGUCAACGUACAAGAUGGCUCCGAAAAAGCAUGGUUUCGGAAAAAGAAAACGAAAAUCACAACGAAGUGGAACAAAUGGCGUGAAAAAAGGCAAAUACGCCAAAAGCAUCAACCCGCUUUCAACAGAAAAACCCGAAAAAUCGGUUAUAGAGACAGAAGACUAUCCCAGUCAGUCAGAUGAUAGUUCUUCAGAAGAGGAAGUUAACCCAUACCAAGAAUUAGUGUCAUCUUUAAAACAGCAUUCAGAUAGUGAUAAAAGUGAGAAUGAAAGUGAUAGUGAUGACUUGGAAGACAGCAAUGAUGAUGUAGAUAAUAAUAGUGAAGAUGAGGAUAGCAUUGAAGGCAGCAAUGACAAUAUUGAUGAAGAGGAUGGUAAGAAGAACAGAAAGACACCAAACAAAUUAGAUGAUUCUGAACAUGCCGUGUCGGAGAAUGAAUCAGACAACUCUGAGACAUCUGACAAGUUAGAGUUAGAUGAUAGCGAGGAAGAAAUAGAUGAAUCAGAGACAGAACAAGAUGAUGACGAUUUAGAUGCAAAAAAUUUAGAUCCAUUUCUGGAGCAUUUUGAAAAGGAGAUAUCUGAAGAGGAUGUGACCAAGUUGGGCCAAUCACAGUGGACAAAAUCAGAAAUGAAAAUUGCACACCUAGGUAAAUAUACAGUCAGAACCAUUAAAGGACAACCACAGAAACCAGACAACUCUACUGACCUAAAGAAAAUGCAUGUAAAACAAAGUUUAUGCAAUGAGGUCAACACAACUAACAUUAAACACUGUUCAGACAAAGGAGAUUUAAGCCCACUACAGCUAAUGGUAUUUAAAAUUCUUAACCAAUAUCAGGACUUGUAUUACCCAUGUAGAACACAGGAAACAGGAGAGCAUCUCAGACUGGUUUAUUGUUUACAUGCAUUGAAUCAUGUACUGAAAAACAGAAAGCGUGUCAUUUCACACAAUACCAAGAUGAAAAUUCCAGGCAAUGAAGACAAGGAUUACAGAGAUCAGGGACUAGCCCGACCUAAAGUGUUGAUAGUAAUACCAUUCAGGGAAGCAGCCUUACGUAUUGUUGAUAUUAUGAUUAGUCUACUGAAAUCUGACGAAAAGAGCAUGGUGAGUAACAAAAAGAGAUUUUACACAGAAUAUAAAUUGGAUAAUACAGACCAGAGAAGAGGAGUUAAACCUGAGGACUACGAGUCAAUCUUUACAGGAAAUACUGAUGAUCAUUUUCGGAUUGGAUUGGGUGUGGCUAAAAAGACAUUAAAAUUAUACACCAAUUUCUAUGCUUCUGAUAUAAUAUUAGCAUCACCAUUGGGUCUAAGGACUAUUAUUGGAUCUGAAGGAGACAAGGAGAGAGACUAUGAUUUUCUGAGUUCAAUAGAGAUGUUGAUAUUUGACCAAGCAGACAUUUUAAUGAUGCAGAACUGGGAUCAUAUUAUUCAUUUGAUGAAACAUUUUCACUUACAACCAAAAGAAUCUCAUGGAACAGAUUUCUCAAGAGUUAGGAUGUGGACAUUAAAUGGUUGGAGUAAAUAUUACAGACAGAAUAUUGUACUGAGUUCAGUUAGUGAUCCACAGCUUCUAUCAUUGUUUAACAAACAUUGCUGCAAUUACAAUGGUAAAAUAACUUUACACAGACCAGAAACAAAGGGAUCCAUAUCACAAGUAGUGGUCCAGCUACCUCAGGUUUAUCACAAGUUGAGUUGCAGUAGCUACAGUCAGUUAGCAGAUGACAGAUUUAAUUUCUUUAUUCAAAAAAUUUUACCAACACACAAAGACCCAGUGUUAGCACAGACAUUAAUAUAUGUUCCAUCUUACUUUGACUUUGUUAGAUUGAGGAAUUACUUUGUCAGAGAAGAUUUAAGCUUUGUUUAUAUUAGCGAAUAUACUAAAGAUAAAACUCUGUCAAGAUCUAGGAACCAGUUUUUCCAUGGAAAUGCUCAUUUUAUGUUGUAUACAGAAAGAGUUCAUUUUUAUAGAAGAUUUAAGGUUCGAGGAAUUAAACACAUUAUAUUCUAUGAGUUGCCAUUGUUUCCACAUUUCUACAGUGAACUAUGUAAUAUGUUGAUAGAGAACAGACAGGAGAAUUCAUCAUGUGCUGUUAUGUAUUCACAAUAUGAUGUACAAAAAUUGACAGAAAUUGUGGGAUCUGAUAGAGCGUCACACAUGAUUACAUCAUCUAAACACAUUCAUAUGUUUGUAACAGGGGAAUAAAAGCUGAUAACAUUUUA